AUGCGUGGUCACAGGGCUGACAAGGUGCCCGUUCCUCCCAAGGAAUUCCAUCUGGAGAGGUCAUCAGAUUCUUCUGAGACAGAAAAUCUCCCUGAAUCCUCAGCUGCGAUCAGGAAAUACAAGCUCGUGUUUACUGAAGCUGUAGUAAAAUGUCAGGAUGACGUUUUGGUGUACUACGUGUCUGACAUGAAUUUUUUCUUUCCUUCAGCAAAUUUGACAGGCCACGCAGAGAAAGUUGGCAUUGAAAACUUUGAACUCCUGAAAGUUCUCGGAACAGGGGCCUAUGGAAAAGUGUUCCUAGUAAGGAAAGUAAGCGGCCACGAUGCUGGGAAGCUUUAUGCCAUGAAAGUCCUGAAGAAAGCAACGAUAGUUCAAAAAGCCAAAACAACUGAGCACACAAGGACAGAACGUCAAGUGUUGGAGCACAUCAGGCAAUCACCAUUUUUGGUCACGUUACAUUAUGCCUUUCAGACAGAUACAAAGCUUCAUCUCAUUUUAGACUAUAUAAAUGGAGGAGAACUGUUUACUCACCUUUCACACAGAGAGAGAUUCUCAGAAAAUGAGGUGCAAAUUUAUAUUGGGGAAAUCGUUUUGGCACUUGAACAUCUCCACAAGUUGGGGAUUAUAUAUCGGGAUAUAAAACUUGAGAAUAUUCUCCUCGAUUCCGAUGGCCAUGUGGUGCUGACAGACUUUGGUCUGAGUAAGGAGUUUCUUACUGAUGAGAAUGAGAGAGCAUAUUCCUUCUGUGGAACAAUAGAAUACAUGGCUCCAGAUAUUGUAAGAGGAGGAGAUACAGGACACGAUAAGGCUGUUGAUUGGUGGAGUGUUGGUGUUCUUAUGUAUGAAUUAUUAACUGGAGCAUCACCAUUUACAGUUGAUGGAGAGAAGAAUUCCCAAGCAGAGAUUUCUAGGAGAAUAUUAAAAAGCGAACCACCUUAUCCCCAAGAAAUGAGUGCACUGUCUAAGGAUAUAAUUCAACGUCUUUUGAUGAAAGACCCCAAGAAGAGGCUCGGUUGUGGUCCCACUGAUGCCGAUGAAAUCAAACAGCAUCCCUUUUUCCAGAAUAUAAAUUGGGAUGAUUUAGCUGCCAAAAAAGUAUCGGCUCCAUUUAAACCAGUAAUCAGAGAUGAGCUGGACGUCAGUAAUUUUGCAGAAGAGUUUACAGAAAUGGAUCCAACGUAUUCUCCUGCAGCCACCCCUCAGACUUCAGAAAGAAUAUUUCAGGGAUAUUCUUUCGUUGCACCUUCUAUUUUGUUUAAACGCAAUGCAGCUACGGUAGAUCCUCUUCAGUUUUAUAUGGGGGAUGAGCGACCUGGAACUACAACCAUUGCCAGAAGCGCUAUGAUGAAGGACUCUCCAUUUUAUCAUCAUUAUGAACUGGAUCUGAAAGAGAAACCAUUGGGAGAAGGAAGUUUUUCCAUUUGUCGAAAGUGCUUACACAAGAAAACUAGCCAAGAGUAUGCAGUAAAAAUAAUUAGCAAAAGAAUGGAAGCCAACACCCAGAGAGAAAUAACAGCUCUGAAACUCUGCGAAGGACACCCAAAUGUAGUGAAGUUGCAUGAAGUUUAUCAUGACCAGCUUCACACAUUUCUAGUGAUGGAAUUGUUGAAGGGAGGAGAAUUGCUUGAACGUAUUCAAAAAAAGAAACAUUUCAGUGAGACUGAAGCCAGUCAUAUUAUGCGCAGACUUGUUUCAGCGGUGAGCCAUAUGCAUGACGUAGGAGUAGUCCAUAGGGAUCUGAAACCUGAGAAUUUAUUGUUUACAGAUGAAACUGAUAAUUCGGAAAUAAAAAUAAUUGAUUUUGGCUUUGCUCGUUUAAAACCACCUGAUAAUCAGCCUCUUAAGACCCCGUGCUUUACUCUUCAUUAUGCUGCCCCGGAGCUCUUGAAUCACAAUGGUUAUGACGAGUCUUGUGAUCUGUGGAGUUUGGGGGUCAUCUUGUAUACAAUGCUAUCAGGGCAGGUACCAUUUCAGUCUCAAGACAAAAGUUUAACGUGUACCAGUGCAUUGGAAAUUAUGAAGAAAAUAAAAAAGGGAGAAUUUUCCUUUGAAGGAGAAGCUUGGAAAAAUGUUUCUGAAGAGGCGAAGGAGUUAAUUCAAGGACUUCUAACAGUGGAUCCAAACAAAAGAAUUAAAAUGUCCAGCCUGAGGUACAACGAAUGGCUUCAGGAUGGCAGCCAACUGUCAUCCAACCCUCUCAUGACUCCCGAUAACUUAGGCUCCUCAGGAGCUGCGGUGCAUACGUAUGUCAAAGCCACUUUUCAUGCCUUUAACAAGUACAAAAGGGAAGGAUUUUGUCUCCAGAAUGUUGACAAGGCACCUCUUGCAAAGAGAAGGAAAAUGAAAAAAACGAGUACAAGCACAGAGACACGUAGCAGCUCCAGUGAAAGUUCACAUUCUUCUUCCUCUCAUUCUCAUGGUAAAACUACACCUACAAAGACACUGCAACCAACAAACCCUACAGACAGCAAUAACCCAGAAACCAUCUUCCAGUUCUCUGACUGAAAAGCAGAGGAUGUCCCAGCUUGAAGAUUUAAGCGGUUAUAAACUUGGCAGUACCUAUAUCAUCUUCUCCCACCUUUCCUCCAUAUGGCUUACAGGCUACAGGACUACGUCUGUCGCUUUAAAAAAUGUAUUUCAAUCAUCCUUUUUAGCUUUGUAUUUCAGUACAUUUCUUUUUAGCAUUAAGUUUGGUAUCACUGGAUAUGGUAUAAUACUAUUAUACAACCACAUCGUAUUCUUUUAGGGCUAAAUUACUAGUGUGCAGUCAAGCUCAAGGUAAGGAGCUAUGCUGCUCAUGGUGCAGCUUUGAGGAAGACUGUUCCUCAGUGUCAGAAUCUUCCUCCCAGUUUCUUCCCCACUGUUCUAAGAAAGGAAAGCUCUGUCAGCAGAGUGUAACUCUGAAAGUGGAGUGUACCCGUAGCAAGUUUGCCAAUGAUACAAAGCUGGGAGGAGUGGCUGACACAACCAGAAGGCUGUGCUGCUAUUCAGAGAGACCUGGACAGGCUGGGGAGUUGGGUGGAGAGGAACCUAAUGAAAUUCAGCAAGGGCAAUUGUAGGGUCCUGCACCACUGGAGGAGUAACCCCACACACUGGUACAGGUGAAGGCCUGACUUGUUGGAGAGCAGCUCUGUAGAGAGAGACCUGGUAGUCCUGGUGGGCAACAAGUUGACCACGAGCCAACAAUGUGCCCUUGUGGCCAGGAAGGGCAGCGGUCUCCUGGGGUGCACUAAAAAGAGCAUGGCCAGCAGGUUGAGGGAGGUCAUCCUCCCCCUCUACUCUGCCUUGGUGAGGUCCCAG